AAUUCUCUAAAGUUACAAAGUAUAUUUAGUUUAGUUUAGAAAUCGGUCGGAAAAUGAUGGUUCUAACAAAUCCUCCAAACAAAGAUAUUACAAUUUUCAAUUAUUGCUACUUAAUUUGCUUUUUGUUCGGACUUGUACCGCAUAAAUCCGGUAAAAAAAUUAGCACGGUGGCGAUUAUUGUUUUCUGGAUUUUGUGUUUGGGCAUUUGCUUACGGUUAGCGGGCAUUUUAUAUCAGGAUACUGAGUAUUUGCUCACUCGAAUGUUCGUUGUAAUUCUAGCUUUUAUGCUAAUUAUCUUCAGCUUGUUUUCACUUCACAUAAUUUUCAAGAAAAUCAAGCAAUGGAAAAAUGUAUUGGAGAACGUGAAGAUGCUUGACGAACAUUUAGGGAGCAUCGAGAAGUUAGAUUUUAGUUAUUCAGCCAUCGCAAUUUUCGAUAUUUGCUGUCUUAUUGCCGUACCCAUCAUGAUGUUUAUUUUUCUCUACGAAAAAUUACACUUGUAUUUCAAAAGUUUAUUGAUACUAGCAACAAUAACUCUCAAUAAGUACGUUUUAGAGGACAUUUUGUUCGUACGAAUUAUGACCAUUCUUAAAACAAGAUUGUUAAAAUUGAAUCGAAUAAAAAAUGUGAUAUUUAUUUCGCCGAAGGUACCACUUAACCGACGUUUAAAAUUGGAUGAUAUAGAUUAUAUUAAAAAAGGCUACAAGUAUAUUUAUUUCAUUAUGCAAGAUACGAAUCUCAUCUAUGAAAAAAUGUUCUUAUUAAAAGUAACCAACAGCUUCAUGGAAAUUAUUUUGAUUUAUCAGUUUGUUAUCGAACAAAAUGCUGUAUUCACAUCUACAGCAUUCACCUUAUUUCAUUUUUACUUUAUUCUGCGAAGCAUCAUGUGUUGUGACAGCGUGGAAAAAUUGGGAAAAGACCUUGGAACCUGGUGCAAAGUUUUGCAAACAGAAAUCGAAGAUCCGAGAUUGAAGCAAGAACUAUCAGAUUUAACGAACUUAAUAGAAUCAUUACCGUUAAAUUUCUCACUUUUUGGAUUGUUCCAGUUCAACAACCAGCUAAUUCCGACUAUACUGAGCGGCAUUACAUCUUAUUUAAUCAUUAUUAUGCAGUUCAAAUCUCAACGCGCUUAAUUGAAUAAUUAUCCUAAUCACCAGCCCACCCCGCAUACGCACAAUACUGUAGGAAUAAUCUACACUAAAUAAACAAAUUAAAGCACUAUUGUUUAGGUUUCUAGGAAUCGCAUCCAUAUUAAUUGGAUCGUAAAAUCCAUUUGUUUGAUAUCCUUUUUUCUUGACCCUAAAAAUUAUUCUUAUUCCGGAUAAAAAUUCGUUUAAUCGAUAUUAUUUACUCACUAGCCGGGAUCAACGAGAGGUUAUCGAUA